CCAGGCUAUGCUAACAUGUUAGCUGCUCCAUUAACACUCCAUCUAGGAAUAAAUACGGCAACAACAACGUCAGUGAUGACAUCACCUUUAGUGAAGUAUGUUUAUAUUGUUCCACACCACUUCUAUGAUGAAUGCUUUAGAUACACAUGCUUUAAUAACAAACUGAAAUACUGUUAACCUGCAGACUGUAUGUCAUGCUGAUACCUUUACACCUUGUAUACAUGUAUAAUAUACUGACUAGUAAAUGUUACCGUUCACUAUUACUGAAUGUCAUUGGCUUCAUUAGAAGUUUCAAUCAAACAUGAAGAUAUAAAACGGUUCACUAAACAUGAUAGACAUGACCUCUGACCUCUGACCUCUGACCUCUGACUAUUGGUUCACAUCCUGACCAGAUACGAUCCAGACAGAUACUCCGUUUGGACCGGGUCUUGUUUUCACUGCUGCUUGUAAAGCUCAUGAACGUAGUCGAUGACGGCGGUUCAGAUGACUGUUCUGUAUUUGAAGCAUCGUCUCUUUGGUCUGACUCUACAGGGACAACAUGGAUGAAGCAGCUCCUGAUCCAGAUCCUGGAUGCUGCACACCCUGACUCGGCAGAAGACGGCGACAACAACGAACGGAUUCCUUAUCUGGAGUGCUUAUCCUACACCCCCGUCCGAGAAAGGUCAGAUCCUCAGAUCUACGGCACACAUCUCCCCCCCGACAUGUUGCCUCAGGGAGUGGAGGCCAAACAGAACAAGGUUGUGUAUGUUUGGAGGAACCCCAAGGACGUCCUGGUGUCCUUCUAUCACUUUGCCAUCAGUUGGGUGUACCUGGACGCUCCUCGGAGCUUUGAGGAGUUCUUCCAGCAGUUCCUGGAUGGUGACGGUAGGUUUCGGUAUUCUGGGCUUCCUGAACGGGCCCUCGCCCCUUCGUGCACGUCGGGGUUAUUGGCAGGACGCCGGUUGACGAGGCUGCGCUCACCAUCUUCAUGGGGUCGUGGUUCCAUCACGUGAGAGAAUAUCACCAAGCACGAGGCCAACUCAACAUCCACUUUGUGCAAUAUGAGAACAUGUUGAAGGACCUCCGAGGGGAAGUGGUGAAGCUCUGUGCUUUCCUGGGAGAAGAUUUAACAGAUGAAGUUAUUGAUCAUAUUGCAGAGACGUCCACCUUCAAAAGCAUGAAGACCAACCCCAAAGCAAACUACAAGGACUUAGUUCUAAACAACAUCUACCAGAAGGAAACCAUGCGUAAAGGUAUAGCAGGGGACUGGAAGAACGCCUUCACCGUGGACCAGAACGAACGCUUUGACAAAGUGUUCAAGGAGAAGAUGGAGAAUUUUCCUCUGAGCUGCAUCUGGGAGAUGAACCAGUAGUUCCUCUUAGAGAGGACAAGAAGCAGUCAAUCAAGUUAAU